GUGCUGCGUCAUGCUGAGCUGGUCCUCCCGGGGGAAGGCGGGGGAGGCAGGGAGAGGCAGGCUGGGCUUGGCCACACUCUCGCCCUGGGCAGCUAGAGAGUGGCUUGUUUUGUUUGGGGGUUUUUUUGGAAGUCCUGGAAACCACAUCUGCUCGGAAAAAGAGGGAUGGCUGCUGUGAGGCAGGUUGUCAAAACUGUCAUGAGCAAGGAACAGAUGGAAGGGGUCGGGGCACGUGUUCGAAGAAGCAUUGGCACUCGUGAGUUAAGAAAUCUGGAUCCUUUUCUGUUGCUUGAUGAAUUCAAAGGUGGGAAACCAGCUGGCUUUCCUGAUCACCCCCACCGGGGUUUUGAAACAGUAACUUAUCUGUUGGAGGGUGGGUCCAUGGCCCAUGAAGAUUUCUGUGGACAUGCUGGUAAACUGAACCCAGGAGAUUUACAGUGGAUGACAGCGGGGCGGGGUAUUCUGCACGCAGAGAUGCCCUGCUCAGAGCAGCCAGCGCAUGGCCUGCAACUUUGGGUCAAUUUGAGAAGUUCAGAGAAAAUGGUGGAACCCCAAUACCAAGAACUGAAAAAUGAAGAGAUACCAAAGCCUACCAAAAAUGGUGUGACUAUAUCUGUCAUUUCAGGAGAGGCACUGGGUAUAAAGUCUAAGGUAUAUACUCGUACACCAACCCUGUAUCUGGACUUAAAGUUGGACAAGGGAGCCAAGCAUACACAGCCAGUUCCCAAAGGAUGGACAGCCUUUAUUUACACAAUAUCUGGCAAUGUGUAUGUUGGCCCUGAUGCUGCCAAACAAAAAAUUGAACCCCACCACACAGUGGUGUUGGAUGAUGGUGACUGUGUUCAGUUUGAAAACAAGAGGACAUCUCUGUCAGCAUUAGAACGAUCAGAACAGCAGAUCAGGAAAGCAGCCAGUCUAGAAGAGCUGCUUCGAAUCACUCAUUCAGAAGACUGGAAGCUGUGGAAAUGCAGGCUAAAACUCAAAAGCCUGGCCAAUUUUGAUUCCCGAUCUGCAUCACAUCGCUCCACUAGAUUUGCUGCUGCUUUCUAUGACAUCGAUACGCUAAAAGUCAUAGAUGAGGAGUGGCAAAAAACUCAGUGUGUGCCAAGGGAAACCUGUGUGGAAGUUGCCAAGGAGCUGGGUACAACCACCAACAAAUUCUUUAAGCCUCCCUGCGUGAAUGUGUUCCGAUGUGGAGGCUGCUGCAAUGAGGAGAGUCUGAGCUGCAUGAAUACAAGCACAACUUACGUUUCAAAAACGCUUUUUGAGAUUUCAGUUCCUUUGACAAAUGUGCCAGAGCCAGUGCCAGUCAAAAUUGCCAACCAUACUGGAUGUAAGUGCUCAUCAAAUAUUCAGCGUCCCCCUUAUACCAUCAUACGAAGAUCAGUCCAGUAUCCAGAGGAGGACAGAUGCCCUUUUUCCAACAAACUUUGCCAUAGUGGGUGGAUAUGGGACAGUGACAAAUGUGAAUGUGUGAUGGACAUACAGCAUCCCAACCGAAGAGAAGGACUCCCUCCUCUUGCUGAGCUGGCUAUGUGUGGACAACAUAUGGAAUUUGAUGAAGAUAAUUGUGAGUGUAUCUGCAAACGGAAAUGUCCUAUUGAUUUCUUUCAAAGUAAAGAGAACUGCAGCUGCUAUUUGUGUCAGGAGAGCCAGGAGAGCUGUGCUCAGAAACACAAGAUAUUUCAUGCUGAAAACUGCAGCUGUGAAGACAGGUGCCCAUCCCAACCCAGAAUGUGCCCAACUGCAAAGCCAGUAUGUUCAAGGCACUGUCGCUGUCCAAAGGAGAAGAGAGGCUCUCAUGGAUCCCAAAGCAAAGAAAAUCCUUGAUCAAGCUUGCCCUACCCUUCUUUCCCAACAAUACACUGCUUUGCAAAGUAGCUGUCACUGACCUUUAAAUCAUUAGUAAACAUGGACAUCUUCCACUUUAUUGGCAGAAGAAUGAACCCUGUCUGCAUUUAUUUAUUAGAUUAAUCACUAACUGUUAGUAGAUCCUCUGGGUCAUUGGCAGCCAUCCUGUAAUGGAUAACUAUAGUAGAAGGAUUACCGGCUGUAGAAGAGGAAGAGUGGUAAGAGCCAACUCAACAUUGUAAUAUGGAGGAUGAAGUUGGUAAAAGGGUGACAGCCAUCAUCCAGUUAUAUAAAAAUUCAAACUAAAUAGACUUAGUCUCUCAAUCCCUUGCUAAUGCAAACCUCUGUUGAAACAUUCUUCAAAACUUCAGUGUACAGGAUUGGGCUUCUCACAUGUUCAACACUGACUUAUUUGAUCUACUGUCCAGCUUUGAUUAUCAUUUUAAAUUUAUUUUCAACUACUGUCAGAUGUGCCAUAUUUAAAUGUAUAUAAGAAAAUAAAUACAUCAGUUAUUCAA